GGAACCUGCAAAGAAAAACCGCAGCAAAAGUGCAUUUCAUGGGGUGGGUUUAUUCUUGCAUGUCAAUAAGAUAAAGAGGAAGACAGUCACUCUUUCCUCUCGAUUUCUUUGAACGUCAUGACCACCUUCUCUUAGCGACCUGUGGACGCACACAUUUCUACUUCUUCACUUACUCCAGUAUGAGUCCGAAGACCGGGUUGGUGGUCCUCCUUCUCUGCAUGCCAGGGCUGCUCCGUGCUGAGUGGGGGGGGAACUACUCUGCGACGGAGAUCUGUGCAAUUAAAGGAUCCACUGUGAAGAUUCAGUGCGACUUUAGGUUCCCGCCCACAGAAAACGGGCGUGACAUCAAGGUCAAGGAUACAUUUUGGUUCACCAAAGAUCGAAAGAAAGAUCUGAGACUGGACCCUCAGUACUUUGGUGGUGUGCAGUCUGAGUGUCAUGGCAACAUCUGCAGUCUGACCAUCGCAGACGUGAGACGGACUGACAACUACACGUUCAGAUUCACAACUGACCAUUCCGGAGGAGGGUACACCGUCAAGCCUGGUGUCAAAGUGACCGUCACUGAUCUGAAAGUACAAGUGACAAAUCCCAGUCAUGGUUAUGUUCUGAAGUGUGUCAGCACCAAUUGCAGUACUUGGUCUCCUUCUUCAUACGUCUGGUAUAAGAAUGGAGAGGAAAUCCAAAAUGGAACAUCCCAAGUGUACACAGUAGAGCGUGACUACAAAAACAGUUACUCCUGUGCUGUGAGAGGACACGAGCAAGCUGUGUCUCCUCCAGAGUGUGUGGUGGACAGGUCAUGUAAGAAGGUGGUUUACCACAAGAGACACAUCUGUGCCAUCCAAGGAUCAUCAGUGAACAUUACCUGUGAAUACACGAGCUAUGGAUAUACCCUGACAAAAUUCUGGUACCGUACGGAUUCUAGUCAUUCGGGGAACCCCUCCUUGACCGAAGACCCUCAGAAUAAAGGUCGUCUUGAUUUACCUUCUGAGACUUCUGGAAAUAGCACACUGAGAAUAAAAGAUGUGAGGCAGAGUGAUUCUGCUGAGUACCGCUUCAAAUUCACCACUUAUGAUGGUUCUGGAUGGAGUAGUAUUUCACCUGGAAGCACCUUGACAGUCGCAGCUGUGCAGGUGCAGGUGAUGUCAGUCAGAGUUGAAAAUUCUCACCUUGUUGCACAAAUGUUGUGUCACACAAGCUGCCUUCCAGAAGCUUCUUUGUCUUUUGAGUGGCAGAAGAAUGGAGAGGAUAUAAAGCCUGGAACCAAAGUAGAAGUCACCUUGUCACCUGGAGACUACAUCACCUGUGCUGCACAACAACAUCAACAUAUCAGCAUCUCUCCUCACCUGUAUGUCCUGAAAAGACCCUCAGUGUCCCUGAGUGAUGCCAGGGACAUAUUGGAGGGUCGUCCCCUGACACUGACCUGCUACAUCGACAACUACAACUACUCCUCAGCAACAGAUGAUUACUGCUGGUACAAGAAGAAGAAGAAGAAUGUGUCUUCAGAUGAUGUAGUCCUCAGGAAAGGUCGAGAACUGGUCUUCAAGUCCAUCAAUUCUUCAGACUCAGCAGAGUAUUGGUGUACUGUGGAGAACCAGCUGGGGAAAAACCCAUCCGAACCCGUCUUCAUUGACGUCCAAUAUCCUCCCAGGUGGUCGUCUUUGUCCGUCAGUCCGUCUCCUGUCAUCCUUGAGGGACAGUCGGUGAAUCUGACCUGCAGCAGCGAUGCUAAACCGGCCGCCAACUACACCUGGUUCAAGGACAACCAAAUUCUGACCCAAAAUCCACAAGGACUUUACAGUUUCACCUCCAUCCGUCCUGAAGAUGCCGGAACAUUCCACUGCAUGUCUGAGAAUAAACAUGGACACGUCAACUCUUCAACAGUUGUCAUAGACGUCCAAUAUGCUCCGAGGCGUCCAGUGAUCUCAGUGACACCCUCGGGUGAAGCCAGCCAGGGUUCCUCGGUCUGGUUGAUGUGCAGCAGCGAGGCCAACCCGCAGGCCAACUACAGCUGGUGGAGGGGGCGUGGAGAGCAGGUCGCUGUUGAAGAGCUGCAGGGAGCCAAAUCGGCCACCUUCAACCUGUCUGACCUGAGACUUGAGGACAGCGGGGACUACGUGUGUGAGGCCUCCAGCAGCAGAGGCAGCAGCAAGUCCUCAGUCAGCAUCCAAGUCCAGGCCUGUUCCUGGAGUGUCACCGUGGCAACAGCUGGGGGCUCAGUCGCUGGUCUUGUUCUUGUUCUGCUGGUCCUGGUUCUCACCGCUUUCCUGGUGUGGAGGAAAAAGAGGGCAUCAAAGGAGUCCAGAGCAAAGUCCAGCGCGGGUGCAGAUUGUGGCGAGGCUUCAACCCGGGAACAGAAAGAAGUCGUUUAUUCCCAAGUCCACUUCACCACAUCCAGCGAAGGUCCGGUCUACGCCAACAUCACGCCAUCUAUGCCCCGCAGCAGACACGUGGUGGAGGAGAUGGAAGACGGCGUGGAGUACGCCACAGUCCGAAAAGCGUGAGAGCGGGAUGAGCUCCUUUCACUUUCAUUUUGCUCGUCCCAGACGUGGGACGAAGUCUACAACGAAAGGAAGUAUUCGAUGCGUGAAGAUUUUGCGGUCAUGUGACCACAUCACCUUCUCAUUGGGGCUCAUCCAGGCCUUGAUUGUCACCGCAGCGUCAAUAAUUGUAUGUUAGCCCCUCCCCUUUCUCACAAUCAUCAAUAUGACUGUGAUCUAUUUCUUAUCUUAUUCAAUGAUUGCACCAACAUUCAUCUCUUUUUCACCAAGAUCCAUCCCGGUCUUGCGCGGGUCUACAAUCUUCGCUCCAUUCUGUUAAUGAGCUUUGAAUGAAGACAGACUUUGUGUCCCAGCUUUUAAACACACAGGAUGUUCAAUUAGGAACUCUUUCUUAAAGGGACAGGACUCAUUUGUGUGUUUCCUGGACACAUAAACACUCUGUGAGUCAUGAUGCUAGUAGAGAUGGGAGAUAAGGCAAUAUACAGUUUAUGUAUAUAAUAUAUGGUCGACACUACAGUGAUUUGAUCAAUUCAUACAAUCCCUCCCCCCCCAAAAAAAAUAUGUAUAUAUAUAUAUUAGGGCUGGGCAACGAUUAAAAAUUUGAAUCGAACUUAAUCGCACUACUUCACCGAUUAAUCGCGAUUAACUGCAUUGUAUACACAAAGCCCAAUAAUGAAUUCAAAAGUAGUGUGUAGUGCACCUUUAUUGGAAUAUUCUCCCACAUGAACAAAAGCGCCAAAACAUUUGUUGUGCAAACACAAUUUAAAUCAGUCCUUGUUAAACAGUAGCAGUUAAAUAGCAUAUUUUAUGAAAAUCAACUCCAAAAAAUGUAAAUACAAACAUUUAAAGCUUAUUAUUGCCACUGCCAGGGUAUUUAAGUUAUCCUGUUUGUUAUGGAAAAUAAAUAUAAUCUACAUACAAAUCUCUGAGCCACAAUCAUAAUUUCUGAGGUAACAGCAGAAACAUUUUUUUUUUAUCAGGGAUGUUAUGUUUAAAAAACCUAUAUUAUAGGUAGUGGGCUGUUUUAGGGAAUUUUUGAUCAAAUUAUCCGUAGUAGCAAUAUUAAUAAUGUGUUUAUUCUGCGUAGUGCACUUAAAAUAAUUAUGACCAUAUCUAGGCAUUGAUAUGAUGGGAAUUUUCCGAUUGUUUGCUUGGUGCUUUGAUAAACUGAAGGCAUCAUAUACAUGGUACUAUAUUGUGAUGUUAUGAGCCAGGGGAAAAAAGAACUACCCUACCCAGCAUGCAACAGGAGUGUCGCCAUGACGACAUCUUGUAUGUUGUGAUAUGCACGCUCUAGAAGCAAACGUUAAGAACUCAGCCAACACUCCUGGUCUGCAUUAUUCAUAAAUAGACAGACAACACAUAUACUCCGCUGCUUCACAGGCCGCUGGAUGUAGCCGGCAAAGUAUUCCCAUGCUAGCUAGCCGGUCUAGCAAGCACGCGUCAUUCAGUCCGAAACGGCCCGAUCUAUCCACAUCCAGAAUUGUCUGGCGGUCGUAAGUGAUCCCGGAGUGACCACGCUGUAAGCCAGCCAUGAAAUUUGCAGAAUUGUCCGGUAUUUUUGCCAAAUGUUCCAUCUUUACCAAGAGCCCCUCCACGCCGGAGCACGUCCGGGCGUCGCCGUCUUGCUAAGAAAAGGCGUUAACAAAAUAAAAGCAUGUAAACAACAUACGCAAAUGUGCGAUAAAAUAAUUGUCGGCGUUAAUAGAUUGAUGAGUUAACUCGUAAUUAACGCAUUAAUUUA